AUAUUUCUGUACGGCCCAGAGGCAGCCCGAGCAGUCGCCGGGUCGGGAGAGGUGCUGACAGGGCGGAGCCGCCGCUUGGCUCAGCCGGCCUUACCCCUCCCGCCCGGGACAGGUGGCUGGAGCGCGCCCCGCCUCCGCCAGCUGCGAGUGGGAGCCAGGGAGGGCCGGUCCCGGACGGUCGCCGCCAGCUGCGAGUGGGAGUGAGCAAGGGCUAGUCCCGGACCGCCGGGCCAGGGGUCCGGCGGCAGCAGACGGGUACCCUGGCGGCCAAAAAAAUGCUCCUGUACCGAGGGGCCCCCGCCGGCCCUGGCGCGCCGGGCUGCGGGCUGGCCCGGCCCGGCGGCGGCCCGCAGGCCUUCGGGAUCCGCCUGAGCACGAUGAGCCCCCGCUACCUCCAGAGCAACUCCAGCAGCCACACGCGACCCUUCAGUGCCAUCGCGGAGCUGCUAGAUAAUGCUGUAGAUCCAGAUGUAUCUGCCAGGACGGUCUUUAUAGAUGUUGAGGAGGUCAAGAAUAAAUCUUGUUUGACCUUUACCGAUGAUGGAUGUGGGAUGACACCUCAUAAACUACACCGAAUGCUCAGCUUUGGCUUUACAGAUAAAGUAAUAAAGAAGAGCCAGUGUCCCAUUGGGGUCUUUGGUAAUGGUUUCAAGUCAGGCUCCAUGCGGCUAGGAAAGGACGCCCUUGUCUUCACCAAGAAUGGGGGUACUCUCACUGUUGGACUUCUAUCACAGACCUAUCUGGAAUGUGUCCAGGCCCAGGCAGUUAUUGUACCAAUUGUUCCAUUCAACCAGCAAAACAAAAAAAUGAUUAUUACCGAGGAUUCAUUGCCCAGCCUAGAAGCCAUCUUGAACUAUUCCAUUUUCAACAGUGAAAAUGACCUGCUGGCCCAGUUUGAUGCCAUCCCAGGCAAAAAAGGCACUCGUGUUCUCAUUUGGAACAUCCGCAGUGCUUUUUUUGUCCUUUGGAGCCAGUUUUUGUUAGAUUGGUACUUGUCUGUUUUCCCCAGAAAUAAAAAUGGAAAAUCUGAGUUGGACUUUGAUACAGAUCAAUAUGACAUCCUGGUAUCAGACUUUGACACAGAAGAAAAAAUGACUGGCGGUGUUACCUCUGAGCUGCCAGAAACAGAAUAUUCUUUAAGGGCAUUUUGUGGUAUUCUAUACAUGAAGCCACGGAUGAAAAUAUUUCUGCGUCAAAAGAAGGUGACUACUCAGAUGAUUGCCAAGAGCCUGGCCAAUGUAGAAUAUGAUACAUAUAAACCUACCUUCACAAAUAAGCAGGUGAGAAUCACCUUUGGGUUCUCUUGCAAGAAUAGUAACCAGUUUGGAAUAAUGAUGUAUCAUAACAACCGACUCAUAAAAUCCUUUGAGAAGGUGGGGUGCCAGGUGAAGCCAACUCGUGGAGAAGGUGUAGGAGUAAUUGGAGUCAUUGAGUGCAAUUUCCUAAAACCUGCCUACAACAAACAAGACUUUGAGUAUACCAAGGAGUACCGGUUAACAAUAAAUGCCCUUGCCCAGAAGCUCAAUGCUUACUGGAGGGAAAAAACAUCUCAAGAUAAUUUUGAGACCUCAGCUGUAGCCAGGCCAAUACUGAAGGUUCCAGACCAGACAUGGGUUCAGUGUGAUGAGUGUCUUAAAUGGAGGAAGCUUCCUGGCAAGAUUGAUCCAUCCAUGUUACCUGCAAGAUGGUUUUGUUAUUAUAAUUCCCAUCCAAAGUACAGGAGAUGCUCUGUUCCAGAGGAACAAGAACUCAUUGACGAAGACCUGUGCUUGAGCAAAGCUAAGAAACAAGAACAAACUGUUGAGGAGAAGAAGAAGAUGCCUAUGGAAAAUGAGAACCACCAGGUAUUCAGUAAUCCACCGAAGAUCCUUACUAUUCAAGAAAUGGCUGGAUUGAAUAACAAGACAAUUGGAUAUGAGGGAAUUCAUAGCCCUAGUGUGCUUCCAUCUGGUGGAGAAGAAAGCAGAUCACCUUCUCUUCAACUUAAGCCUCUGGAUUCCAGUGUUUUUCAGUUUUCCAGUAAGUACAAAUGGAUCCUAGGUGAAGAACCAGUAGAGAAACGAAGAAGGCUCCAGAAUGAGAUGACAACACCUUCUCUAGAUUAUUCCAUGCCUGCUCCUUACAGGAGGGUAGAGGCACCUGUUGCCUACCCAGAAGGGGAGAACAGCCAUGAUAAAUCGAGUUCUGAGAGAAGUACACCACCAUACCUUUUCCCAGAAUAUCCAGAAGCAAGCAAGAAUACAGGUCAGAAUAGGGAGGUUUCAAUUCUGUAUCCAGGGGCCAAAGACCAACGCCAGGGGUCCCUGCUUCCUGAAGAAUUAGAAGAUCAGAUGCCAAGAUUGGUGGCAGAAGAAUCUAACAGAAGUAGCACAAGCAUAAACAAAGAGGAAGUGAACAAGGGACCUUUUGUAGCUGUUGUUGGUGUUGCCAAAGGUGUUAGAGAUUCAGGAGCUCCCAUUCAGCUGAUCCCUGUUAACAGAGAGGAGCUUGCUGAGAGACGAAAAGCAGUUGAAUCCUGGAACCCAGUGCCUUAUUCUGUGGCCUCUGCUGCAAUCCCUGCUGCAGCCAUUGGGGAGAAAGGAAGAGGCUAUGAGGAGAGUGAAGGUCAUAAUACACCAAAGAUGAAGAACCAGAGAGAGCUGGAAGAAUUGAAGAGAACCACAGAAAAAUUGGAACGUGUUUUGGCUGAAAGGAAUUUGUUCCAGCAAAAGGUGGAGGAGCUGGAACAGGAGAGAAAUCACUGGCAGUCUGAGUUCAAGAAAGUCCAACAUGAAUUGGUGAUCUACAGUACCCAGGAGGCGGAAGGCUUGUACUGGAGCAAGAAACACAUGGGUUAUCGCCAAGCUGAAUUCCAGAUUCUGAAAGCUGAGCUGGAAAGAACCAAAGAGGAAAAGCAAGAGUUAAAAGAGAAAUUGAAGGAAGCAGAGACACACCUGGAAAUGCUGCAGAAGGCUCAGGUCUCCUAUCGGACCCCAGAGGGAGAUGACCUAGAAAGGGCUUUGGCAAAGCUUACGCGGCUACGUAUCCACGUCAGCUAUCUCCUUACUUCUGUCCUCCCUCACUUGGAGCUUCGUGAGAUCGGGUAUGACUCAGAACAAGUGGAUGGGAUCCUGUACACGGUGCUGGAGGCAAAUCACAUACUGGAUUGAGCACCAGACUGUAUACCCUUCGCUUCUCUUCUGUCUCUUCUCUUUUCUCUCCCUCCCCCACAUCUGUGUCUUUCUUUCUCUCUCUCUCUCUCUCCCUCACCUUUAUGCCUUAUAUAGAGAAUCUCUGUGUCAAUCCUGGCUCAUAAUCAGUCUCCUUCUUAUCAGUUUUGGUGUGGAGAAAGAGGCCGGUUUAAAUAGACUUUCAAGAGUCUAGGAAUAGAAAAGCAAUAGUCACCAAGCUAGGUGACCUGAAAGCUUUAAUUUUCAUGACCUGGAUAUAUGGUCUAUUUUAUAUCUUUUUCUGAAAUGGUUUGUAUUCAUUUAGGUUAAAUCAAUCAGCAGAUAUUGGGUCCGGUAUACCAGGUGUUUUGGGGGUAAGCUAAUAAGUAUAACUCAUGUUUGCAGCCUUCGAAGAUGUAACAAUCUCGUUGGAAACAUAAGACAUACAUCACAUUAUACACAAAAGUGUAUGAUAUGUACAACUGAGUGGUACAGAUAUGACAUGGAAGAUCUGGGGGAGGAAGUUCAAGGAAGGCACCACACCAGAAAUGGGACCUAAAUUAAGGCUUAAAGAAUGAGCAUGGCCACACUGUCAAUGAGUGUUCUUUAGGUGGUAGGAUUAUGGUUGAUAGUUUUCUUCUUCCUAUCUUCCUGCCUUUUUCAGAUUUUCAAUAUUAAACUUGUUAUUCUUACAUUGGAAAAAAUAAAUUGUUUUUAAAAAGAUCAAGUAGGCUUGGAUUUGAAUAUCAAAUGAGAGAUUAUUUGAAAAUAUAAGGUAAUGUUAUAUUUCUAAUUUAUAUUAAAUUUAGCAUUACCUCUGGAAGAAGAAAAGCAUAAACAAAGACGUGGAAAAAUUUGGAAUGUGAAAAAUGUGUUUGAUAGAAGUGGUGGGUUGAUGUAAAGGGAACUAAGGUUACAUCAUGAUCUGUUCACCUGCUUUGGUAUUUGCAUUUUAAUAAGGGAUUCUUGAAAAACAAACCUAUAAGGCUCAAAUUAAAAAAUAUAUUUAUCAUCAAAUUAAUGGGAUUUCGGGUAGUUAGGGAAGUAUUUUAGAGUGGAAUCUAUCUGAUGUCCCCCAGAAUACACCUACUCACUCUUCAGGCUAGUGCUGAGUGAGGGGUAAACCUCAUACUAUCAGAAAUGGUAAAACUUACUCUCUUGUAAAAGGAGACAUUGUAUUCAUUUCUUUAUUGUGUUUACAUAGCACAUACUCUCCAAAGAGUUCAGGAUACUUUUCAAAAGACAUUGAACAAUGAACACAUAAAAAAAUACCAACAGUAAAAAGUAGGAAGUAGAGAAGAAACAAUCAAAGGAAGGUGAGAUCAAGCAGUGGCAAAAGGAUUAGCUAGUCCAGAGGAAAUGUCUUGGAUAUUCAUUCUGUUUCUCCCCCACAGAGUUACUUCAGAACACUUUUCCAAAUUAAUUUUACCUCCUUUUAAAGGGGGUUCAUAGUAGAUAUCCCAGUGAGACUGCAGAGAAUGAGGGGAGGCCAGAUCCAGGCUUCAUCAUUAGAAUGAGUACUUAAAGAUAUCCCCCUUACCUUCCACCUCACCCCAGCUCUUGCUUGCCAUAUGAUUAAUUUUCAUGUUAGACAUCUGGAUUAUGAUAGUCAAGGCCACAGUUGUCUAAAUGUAAAAUAGUACUGAGGGAAGAGUAGCACAUUCCGACAUUCUCUCAGUGAGACUUAUUCAUCAGAUGGGGGCUGUGAGCGGGUGGGAUUUCACACAGAUGAAUGGGAGUCUGCUGGAGGAAAAAAUUCAGAGCAUUGAAGGUUCUGCCUGUGUGAGUGUUUGUUGGCUGAAUGAAGGGACGGAGUAGGAAGGAGGGCAGGCAGUGAGGCUUUAAAGGGAAGAAGGUAGGAAAUUUGAACUCUUCUUUCCUAGUGCUUACUCUCAGCCCAUUCCCUGGUUUGUGGUCCUGACCCCACACUGCUUUUUCCAGCACCACUGUCUGUGUGAGUCCAUUCACUUCAAUACCAGAGCUACCUCUUUGUUUCCUAUUUACUACAAAGCCAUACCAGCAUGAGAUCUCGUUGAUAGUGUUAAAUCCCACUGUGGAAAAAUUGAAAAAUAACUCCCAGCCUUACCAGAGGUUAUGAUCUAGUGUGGAGGCAAAAGAUACUGAGAAGAAAAAAGCAGGUGCCUCCUCCUGGCUUUCCUGUUAGGUUAACAUAAUCAUAAUUCCCCUUUAAACUGUCUCCCACAUUUGUGUUUAACUUUCCAUUGCCAUGAUCAACAUUUAGGUUAUUACCUAAAUAACUUAUUACCUCAUGCCUUGAUUAUCUAAAUAAAUUCUUAGAUGGCC